UGAAAAUGGAUGAUGAUGAAUUUGGUGGAUUUGAGGCCGCCGAGACGUUCGACGGUGGAACCGGUGAGACCCCAACCACGUCUCCGGCUAUUCCCUGGGCAGCGUUUCCCUCAGUACCAGUGCUGGGGGUCCAGGUUUCACCAAGCGCUUCUCCCGACGUCCCUGAGGAGCAGUGUUUGCCGUCCUCCAGCCUCCUCUCUUCGAACUCAUUUACUUCUUCUAGUGACGACUCGCCGUCAAGGCCCCAACUAGCCGACCGUAUUGGAAAUCCAGGGGCUCUCAAAGACCAGGUUCAACUUUCGACAAAAACCCCUCCGGCUUUACCAGAGGAGCAGAGUUGCGAAACGGCCAGGGUCAAAGAUGAUGCUACGGAGCUGGAGGCCGGGGGUUCAAAUUUGCAGUUUCAACACAAAGUUACAAGUCUGGAGAUUCAACUCAAGGCCUCUGAGGAAGAAAACCAGAGGAUUAAGAAGGAUUUGGAAAAGUUAAUGGAAAAGUACAAGUUCUUUGAAAGUGAUUUUCUGAAGGACAAAGAGAAUGAAGUACUCACCUGUCAGAAUCGAUAUAAGGAACUACAGGAUAAACAUAAGCAUGAACUAGAAGAUAUGAGGAAAGCUGGCCAUGAAGCUCUGAGUAUUAUUGUGGAAGAAUAUAAGGCACUACUGCAGUCAACAGUUAGGCAGCAGGAGGAGGCCAUUGAAAAGCAGUAUGUAGCCACAAUUGAGAAACAAGUGCACAAGUGUGAAGACUUGCUUAAUACUCAGCAUCAGAGGUUUCUGGAAAUUUUGGAUUCAGAGAAGGAACUAUUAAAAGACAAAAUACAAGAAGCUUUGGUUCAGCAAUCUCAAGAACAGAAGGCAAUACUGGAAAAAUAUUUGGAAGAAGAAAGGGAAAGAAGUAAAGAGGCAUUAUCAAGUGCUGUAAAGAUUGAGAAAGAAAUAAUGAAAAGUACCGUAUUACAAGCCGUGGAAGAGGAAAGAAGAAAUCUGAAAAAAGUUCAUGCGGAAGAAAGGGAGUCGUGGAAGAGUGAGCAUACCAAAGAUCAAGACGCGAUAUCUCGGGCAAUUCAGGAAGCCAUACAAGAACAAAGGAAAAUAAGUCAGGAAACUGUUAAAGCAGAAAUAGCCGAAGAGAGAAGACGAAGCGAAAAUGCUGUGGAAGAGGCAGUGAAAAGAACAAGAGAGGAAUUGAUGGAGUAUGUGAAAGAACAGAAAAGGCUCGAUCAAAUCACCCGCCAGCGAAGCCUCUCAAGUUUGGAAUUAUUCCUUUCCUGUGCCCAGAAGCAAUUACAUUCUUUAAUAUCUGCAGAACAAGUUAGUCCAGCGCAAAAAGAGGAGGACAUACCUGACCCACAGUGACAGUGGUUGAAAUAUUCUACCCUUCAUCUAGUUGGCAUGAGUGACAAAGAUCUUUUCCAUUUUAUUUCAAAAUACGGGGGACUGUAUUACAAGUUAAAGAACUGUAAACAAUGUUUAAAGAUUCCCAGCUGACCUAAUUUGUGUUUAAUAAUUUGUUUACCUUUAAAUCAAUCAAUCAAUCGUAUUUAUUGAGCACUUACUGUGUGCAGAGCACUAUACUAAGCGCUUAGCACUGUACUAAAGUUUUAAAGCAUAAUACGACCUAAGAAAGUCAUUGAAAAAAAAUCACAUAAUCAAAACUCUGCUUAUGUUGUAACCUUUAUAAUCUCUAGUGGCCUGUUAUUGGCUUUUUUGGCAACAGUGAUGGAUGUUAUUACUUAUUGCCUCAUUGUAUCACUAUGAAUGAUACCAGCAUGUAAUCAGAUAAUUUAUUCUUUCUUUUGACGUAGGAGGAGGCCAGGAUUACAAUAUCCCCAUAGAGUUUAGAUAGAAAAUACAGAUAACAAUUCUGAAUUUCCUGGUUAUUGCUAAAUGCUUUUUGCAACCCUUUCCUCUCUUUGCUAGAGAUAGACCUCUCAGAAUAUGCUUUCAGACAAGGGUUGGCCUCUGUGGUGAAGAGCCAUCCCAGGGCUAGAAAGUUCUUACCUAUUUAUCAUCUUAAAAGUCGCUUUUGAGUGUGAAAUCAGUUUUUUCCAUGGAGCUCCUCUUUGUACUCUACCUUUGGGAAGAAGAUGAAUGUAAUUGCUUAAGAUUUCAGUUGUAAAACUGAAGAACACUGAAUGUGUUGAUAAUUUUCCCCAUUUUUUUAAUGGCAUUUAUUAAGCGCUUACUAUGUGCAAAGCACUGUUCUAAACGCUAGGAACUCAGUAACUCAUACAAAAUAGGCAUGUGCCUUAGUGGGAUAUAAUGAACGUUUCAUCAAUAUUCAUCAAUGACUGGUUUUGCCAUUGUGAUUUGUGUUGAUUUUAUUUCCUUACCAGACAUCUUCAACUUUUCUAUAUACUGAGCUUUCGCAAAGCAAU